CAUCAGCCACACGAUGCUGACUCUAGAUUACCACAUCAGCCACACGAUGCUGACUCCACGUGUCCACAACAGCAUCAGAUUAUUGAAUCCAUGUGCACCAUCUCAGACGAAGGCCAUCAGACCGUGCAACAUAUGACGUGUACGAAUGACAGUAGUGAAGCUAUGACAGCCCAUCAAGACCUGGAACUGACUGGCCAGGUCAACUUGACACAAUCAACGCUAGACCCUACACCUGACACGUUAGAUGUGGAUGAUUCACCGUCAACUUUAGCGCUUUGUCAAGUUUCAGAGGCGAACAAAGCGAUGGACAAUGUUGCGGAUAUGCUACAUGGUAGUGGUGAAAGUGGAGAAUGGUUGGGCAGGGGAAAUAACAAAGAAUGUGAAAUCAACGAUGAAAGUGUAGAAAUAUUGAGUGCACAGAUUGAAGCAGAACACGCUGGGAGCCGAGAUGAGAAGAUCAGUCUAGAAGGGGAUAGAUGCAUUUUGGACUUGCAAAAGGGCAGCGUAACAGAAGCUACAGACGCGUAUUGUAGUGGUGCGGGUGGAGUUGUUGAACAAGUGCCACACCUAGAUGCUGCAGAUGGUGACCACAAUAAAAUAAGAAAUGAGCAGACUAUGGGUCGUCUGCCAGUAAACGAUGACGCCUUCUGGGACGAUGAACCUGACGGGAAGAUGUUAAAAGGUUAUCUAUCAGAAGGUGAGGUUGUAAAGGGUGAACAAUCUGAAGGGAAUGUUUUGAACGAUUACCGUACUGAUAUACAAGAAAGUGGUUGUGUGUUUGGAAGCUAUAGUGCGACAUGUGACAAUUUAAACCAUGGCCACCCUACUACCCAAAUAGAAAAUACGGCUGACAAUCUACCGCCAGAAGAUCAUGAUCUUGCCAAAAAUCUACUGCCUGAAGAUCAUGAUCUUGCUAAAAAUCUAUUGCCUGUUAACCUAUCCAUAAACGAGAACGAUUGUUUACAUUCUUCCAUUGACAAAGUCCAUCAGAACGAGGCUGACUGCGUAGUCACCCCACCCUCCCCGUCCAGUUCAUUCCAUCUUAAAGAGAAAACUUUAGGUCUCGGGACCCAAGACGACCAAAACCCUGAAGAUACUGAUGACUUUUUCGACGACAAUGAUGACAAGAAAGUGAAGGACAAGCAUUCAGAGCAAGGAAGCCCCAGCAGCGAUGAAGACAUUGAACAAGAAGAUGAUGAGUUCUAUGAGAAUGUUAGCCAGCAAAAAGUUCAAAAAUCCCAGUCGCUGACCAACGUUGUGGAGGAAAGGUCAACAGGUCAUCUCAAGGUCGAUGGUCAACUUGAGCCAGCAGCUGAAGACGUCCAAAGUCUUUACUCCGUCUCCAACAAAUAUUCCAGCCUUGAGGUGACAGACUCCAAGAGCGCAUCCUCCUCUCUCAUCAGCAGCGCCAACUCCAGCUCUCUGCUCAAGGAAGAGGCUUCAGACGCUGAUAACAGCCGCUCUUAUCACAAGGACAAUACGUCAUUGGGCCGAGACAAAUGCCAGGAUCUUGACCCACACCAGAAUGUUGGGGUAUCCAUUGAGUCUACAGAAUAUAAGGAUGGGGAACCCAUUGCGUUUACAGAACAAAAAGCGGGUGUAUCAACUGAAUUUACAGACACCAUAUUGGUACCGCAGGUCUCACCCCUUCAAGCUCCUGCAGUUUUAGAAAUCUCCAAAGCCGAUGAUGUUGUUGAAGUGGGACAAGACGAGGAUGUUGUUAAAGUCGGACAAGACGCGGAUGUUGUUGAAGUCGGACAAGACGAGGACGCUGUUAAAGUUGUACAAGAUGACCGACCUCUGAGCGGCCUGGACGUGCCGCAGACGAUAUCAAAGGAGGAAAAGUUAACUGAGAGCAUCAGAACUACAGAGGAUCCAACUGUUGCCAUAAGCAUAUCAAACCAAUCACUGUCGGGAUCGAUUAAUUCAUCUAGCCGAUCGAAUCACUCAUUGAAAGGAUCGAUUAAUUCAUCUAGCCGAUCGAAUCACUCAUUGAAAGGAUCGAUUCAUUCAUCUAGCCGAUCGAAUCACUCACUGAAAGGAUCGAUUCAUUCAUCUAGCAGUUUAAAUCAUUCACUACACCGCAGACAAUCCGAACCGACACAACUGGUCCCUGGGGAUCGAGACUCACCUGACGCUCCGGGCAGGGUAGGCGAGGGCUUUGAGUACUCACCAGCAGCCAAAGUCAUACUAGACGCGACUGACCUGUGGUUGAACAAAAUCUCCGAUCUAUGCCAGUCACCACAAAGUGCUGAGCCCAGUGACGAGCAACUCCGUGAGAUUGCAGACGAGUGUAAGUCUCACCUACUGACCUUGACCGGCGACCCGGAAACAAACGAUGUCCAGCUUCCUCGGCCGGGCAGUGCCCAAGCCACUAAAGAUUCUGCCCUGUCAGUUGAUGGGAAAUCAAGUACCGGAUCAUCCAGCCACUCCCUUAGCAAAGACCACCAACACCGACUAAGCAUUUCCUCAUCUAGAAGUGCAAGCAUCUCCUCCUCGAGAUCGAAAAACGCGGACAGCUCAGCUUCGCUGAAAGACAAACCCGAACCGAAGCGGGCUGGAAGCGAGGCCAACAAUGGAAUUAAAAAGAGAGGAGAGCCACAUAGAGGUCUGGCGACACUGGGAAAUAUUGUUGGUAAAGAUGUGAAGCAUAAUCCAGGUGACCCAGGUAAUGACACACAAGGGGCGGAGCUUAGAUCAGAGAAACAAGCUCAGGGGGAGAGGGUGAAUCCUCGCUUCAUCAGCAGGCCAUUGAGCUCAACGUCAAUGGAUCAAAGCUCACGACCGCCUGUUACUAGACCUUUAAGCGCACGAUUAACUUCCGGUUCUAAAUCAUCAACUUCCGGAGCGUCAAUCCCCCCUCUUAGCUCUGUUUUGUUAGAUAAGCUCACAGAGCAGGGGAAAAAAGGGAUCGAGAAGGCGACCGGCAAGGACAGUCACUCUCUGGUCUUCACCGGAAGUAAAGGCACCAAAGUCGCCCCUUUGCUAGACAAGCGCUUGGUGCCUCACCCGCCCCCCGUCUGCUACACAGAAACCUCUACCCCAGCAGAAACGACAGGGCCCAACAAACUGGAGAGGUUUUUACAGCGCACCGGUGGGCGCUUCAUAUCCCGGGUUGGUUUCCAAGGCAACACCACAACAAAAGAUGACGUCAGCGACAUAAACAAAGCCAUGACAAGAAUGGAAUCUCCGGCGAACAAAGCGACUUUGAAAAAAACAAACGAAGACGCGGAGACGAGCAGACGACAGAAGCAACAUCAGACUUUGUUCCGCAGCGCCUUGUCGGCAUCAGCCUCGACCCAGACUGACCCGAAGGUGACCCAGAAGCCGCGCUACCACGCCACCAUCCGCAGCAAGGAGAGCCUGGCGCCCUGUGGGGAGCCUGGGGAGCCCAGCAUCUACUCGGCUGGGACGGGGGACGGCACGGGUAAGGAGCCGGCGCCCACACAGAGACGGAGGAAGUCGCCCGACUCAAAGUGGAUCGUGUACGAGAAGGAGAGUCUGGGGGACCAAGAUGGCGGCGGACAGCUCAAUCGCCGAAAGAUGGAACCCUUGAAACUCCGUGAGUCUGGACUAAAGAAAAACAAGCCGACCAAGAUGAUGACCAUGCAAGAGUUUGAACGCAUCCAGGCAGACCGCCACUUGAACCAGGCUUUUGCCCGUAUCCACAAAAGUAAGCCAUGCGUCGACUGUCACAUGGAUUCUAAAGUCAUGGAUAAGACGGGCAGGUCCGUGAAGAAACGACGUGAGCGCGUCAACUACGACUCUCUGAUCGCGCUGGAGAACGUCAAGUUCCUGGAGAUGCUGAGGUUCAAGAAGUCGGCCUAUGACAGGGAGGAGCAGCUCAAGGACUUUAAGAAGACAUACAAGACUAUGGUUAUGUUGGGGAAACACACAGACACUUGGCCAGAUAUGAAAGGCGUGGACAAAUUUCUGGCCAAAAAUAAACACGAAGAUAUCAAGAGUCAAAUCGAGGCUUGAAGCGGCACUGGAUUCAUUCGGAUUUU